GCAAAAUAAUUUUUAAUUUUUCUUGAAGAUUCGUCCGUGGCUCUCUCUCCAAAACUCCAUCGUUUUACGUCGUCCCCCUCUCUCUCCCCUCCCCUAAGUAUGUCUUCGCAGCUUCUAUAGUCGACGCCACAAAAGCAAGCUUCCUCCUGCAAGGUGUCUCUUCUUCUGAUUUCCAAUUUCCAAUUCCCAAUUCCUAGGGUUUUGAUAGCCCUCUCUCUCUCAAUUCCUAUUUUAGGGCUUCAAUUUCCGAUUUUUUACUAACUUAAACUCAUAUGAAGACCGGAUUUCUGAUUCAAUCAGCUUGAUCGAACUGCAACCAUCACCACCGUCAAUCAAGGGUAUUGAGAAGGGAAGAUGGGGGCGUUCGUAUCAAGGUUUUGGUUCAUGCUGUUUCCGGCAAAUGAGUACAAGAUUGUGGUAGUUGGGUUAGAUAAUGCUGGUAAGACAACUACGCUUUACAAAUUGCAUUUAGGUGAGGUUGUGACGACACACCCUACAGUUGGUAGUAAUGUUGAAGAGCUUGUUUACAAGAACAUUCGAUUUGAGGUCUGGGAUCUUGGUGGGCAAGAUAGACUCAGGACUUCAUGGGCAACAUAUUAUCGUGGAACUCAUGCUGUCAUCGUGGUGAUAGACAGCACUGAUAGAGACAGAAUCUCCAUUAUGAAAGAUGAACUCUUCAUGCUGCUGGGACAUGAUGAUUUACAACAUUCUGUUGUACUUGUAUUUGCAAAUAAACAAGACCUCAAGGAUGCCAUGACACCAGCUGAGAUUGCUGAUGCUCUUUCUCUUCACAGCAUCAAGAAUCAUGAUUGGCAUAUCCAAGCCUGUUGUGCCCUUACAGGGGACGGUUUAUACGAUGGUCUAGGGUGGAUCGCACAAAGAGUUACUGGCAAAGCACCAAGUUGAAAGGGAGAAGAGUAAUUGCUGAAGCGGAUUAUUUUUCAAAUAUUGAUGAACUUGAAGGACACGUGAACCAUACUCAACCAAUUCUGUAGAAUGCUUCUUCAUUUACUUGUCUUGAAGAAUGUCAUGUCUUGCGCAAUGAAACAUUUCCUUGAAAAAUUGCAAUGAAGAAAGUGUUGCUAUAAAA